AUGUGGCUGUGGCUGGCGGCGGUGCUGGCAGGGCUGUACCUGCUGCGGCGCUGGCACCGGGAGCGGCAGACGGUGCCCGGGCUCUCGGAGAAGUUCGUGUUGAUCACAGGCUGCGACAGCGGCUUCGGGAACCUGCUGGCCCGGCAGCUGGACGCGCGGGGGCUGCCGGUGCUGGCCGCCUGCCUGACCGAGGCCGGCGCUGCGCGGCUGCGGGCGGAAGCCUCCUCCCGCCUGCAAACCGUCCUGCUGGACGUCACCUCCAGCCAGAGCAUCGCCGCCACCGCCGCCUGGGUACGGGAGCGUGUGGGCAGCCGAGGUCUCUGGGGACUGGUGAACAAUGCAGGGAUCGCUAUUCCCACUGCCCCUAAUGAGUGGCUGUCCAAGGAGGACUUUGCCAAGGUGCUGGAUGUCAACCUGCUUGGCCUCAUCGAGGUGACCCUGAGCCUCCUGCCCCUGCUGCGCCAGGCUCGGGGCCGGGUGGUCAAUGUGGCCAGCGUGAUGGGCAGGGUUGCCUUUUUUGGUGGGGGGUACUGCAUCUCCAAGUAUGGUGUGGAGGCCUUCUCCGACAGCCUCAGGCUCGAGGUGCGGCACUUUGGGGUGAAGGUCAGCAUCAUUGAGCCAGGCUACUUCAGGACAGACAUCACCAGCAGCCAGAACGUGGAGAAGCAAUUUCACCGUGCGUGGGAGAAGCUCCCACAGGAGACCAAAGCCAUUUAUGGGGAGAGUUACCUGCAGGGCUUUUCCGUCUCCCUAAAGAUGAUGCAGAAGAAAUGCAGCUCAAAUCUGGGGCUGGUGACCGACUGCAUGCAGCACGCUCUGACCAGCUGCCACCCCCGUGCCCGCUACUCAGUGGGCUGGGAUGCCAAGCUGUUCUACAUCCCACUCAGCUACCUGCCCUCGGCCCUCACUGACUUCAUCUUCAGCUGCUUAUACCCAAAACCUGCCUGGAGAGCCUAA